AUGAGCUCAAGCGAGAAGUCAAGCGACAGCUCCAUGAACAGCAGCAGUGGAAUGUCUGCCAGUAUUGAUUCAAGCACUGACUCUAGCAUGGACUCAAGCGCCAACUCAAGCCUUGACUCAAGCCUUGACUCAAGCCUCGACUCAAGUCUCGACUCAAGCAUGAGUGGUGGCAGCUCCACAAUCAGCGACCCAUUCCAUGUCUUUGAAUACAUUUUCGACUUCCGCAUGGACGACUUUUUCCUGGAGUUGGGGAUCGUGUCAGAUUUGUUCGAUUUCGGUUUUGACGAAGAUGAGGGAUCAUCCUCCGAGUCUGGUUAUGAAAGGGAAGAUAUGAGGGGCAGGGGCCCAAGAGCUCCAAGAGUGGCGAGGAAUCCCUACAAUGGGCCAUUCUACAAUGUCUACAUCAAGAACGCUGAUGAGCACAAUGCAAAUGACAUGGGCUCCGUAUGGGACCAGGAGAGCACACUAGCAAAAGGGUUUCGGCGCAGGUUUGGUAUCCCUUAUUCCUCUUUUGAUGCCAUUGCCAAAGAUUGGGAUUUAGACGGUGAAUACAGAGCACCAAAGAGUAGAAACGGCGCAAGAAGAAUUGAUUCUAGGAUCUUGAUUAUGGGUUCCCUUGGAAUCCUCACUCAAGAUCUCACGUUCGAUUGGAUGGAACUGGUGACUGACACAAGCAAGUCUCUGAACCAUUUCUUUUUUAUGAAAUUUACCUUUUGGUUCCGCAAAUGCUACUCAAAGGAAUGGAUAAAGUUUCCAGAGUGUAGUCAAUCAAUAGCUAAGGUAAUGGACUUUUACACUCUACUUGGUUUUCCUGGAUGUAUUGGAUCAAUUGACUGUGUCCAUGUUGGCUGGGAUGGGUGCUCAGCUGGUUACCAUUCGGAUGCGUGCGGAAAAGAAGGCUAUCCAACUUUGUCCUUUGAAGUCAUCGUGUCGCACACUAGAAGAAUUCUCUCCGUAAGCCAAGCCUUCUGGGGAUCAUGGAAUGACAAGACUAUUGUUACAUAUGAUGAGAUGAUUCGAAAGAUCAAGGGUGUGGGUAAGUAUGGGGAGCAAACAAUGUAUAAGGAUUUUGUCUGGCGGACUCGCACAGUGGAUGGUUCUGUUAUUGUUCAUAAGGGGGUUUAUGUCAUCUGUGAUGGUGGAUACCUUGAAUGGCCAGAGUUGAUCCCUCCAUACAAGUCACAAAUUCCAGGAUCCGCAGACUAUCGCUGGUCCAAAUGGCUCGAAAGUCUUCGGAAAGAUGUGGAAUGUUCGUUUGGUAUCUUGAAGGCAAGGUUCGCUUGUCUAAAAAAUCGUUCAAGGUUCAAUGACAAGGAGACAAUUGAAACUGUCUUCCACUGUUGCUGCAUUAUGCACAACAUAAACCACCACUUUGAUAAGUAUGAUGACAUUUUUGGGCGCUCAUUUCGUAUUCAAAUUCAAAUCGAAUCCUCAGUGGGCGCGAAAGCAUUCAGUCUAAAGGCGCCAAAGCAUGCUAGUCCUGUCUUGAGUGGCCCAACAGCAACGGUCUUCCUAUAUGAAAAGACAUCAACGGAGAUGUUGUUCCGUUGUGAUAGAUGUGUUGGAUGGAGCUUUCGAUACGGUUGGAGAGGCAGACCUCCGAUGAUACAAAUCCGUCGUCAGUUUCCGGUUCGUCGUGUGGAACUGCAUUUUUUGCCACGACGCCAGACACCCGAAAAGUUGGGCAGGAAAAGUCAUCUCAUCAGUCAUCGGUUUCAGGUUCGCGUGGAAGUGGCCUAA